AUGCUCCCACUACGGAUAAGCAACGACCUCAAUGACCUUCCACCGCUCAUUCCUUCUUCAGCUCGCUCAAAAAGAGACAGGGUCUCGCUCAAACGCCAGGCCAUGACAGCCCGCGAGAUAAAUACGUUCGACGAGAUGUUUGAGAUCAUUUUCAACGCAUCUUCGGAGCAGAAGCAAGGCCUAGCCGGCUCUUCAGGCAUUGGGCGAGGAUCAUCUUCGGCUCUGGGCGACCUCAUGGGCACAUUACGCCAGCAGUCAAAACAGGUCCGGUGGACAACUGAGGCGGACGAGGAGCUUGAUAGGAAGAGGGAGGAAAUGGAGUUGUGCAAUACAGACCAGCAGCUACUGGACUGGGCCAUGCGGGAAGUCUUCGACGAGUCAAAACGAUAUGAGGACAAUGCGCGACGCUCUGUCAAUGGACCAGUGCAACUCCAACCGGCGUCGUACCCACACCUCGUCGCUCUUCUCAUUCGCACUUUCCGCGAGAAGUAUACAGACCCGCACCUUGCGUUGUCAAUAUUCGACUACGCACGGCACCUCUCGAUCCCAUCAUAUGUCUUCGGGUGCACGACGCCAGCGUAUAACGAGCUCAUCGAGACGCGGUGGUACUGCUUCCGCGACCUGCGGGGCGUAUGCGAUGCGCUCGAGGAGAUGCGCGUGAACGGCGUUGGAAUGGACAACCGCACCCGCAAGUUGGCGGAGCAUAUUCGUCGCGAGGUGGGCGAGCGCGAACUAUGGCAAGAGGAGAGCAAACUUGGCAGCGGGGAGGUCUGGGACAUGCUUGCGCGCAUCGAGCGUUUCACGGCGAGACAGCGGUCCUGGAGACCGCGCCGACACUCUAAUACUGCAUCGGAAAAGAUGUCGCCCCGGCCGAGGAAAGCGUGGUCUUCCGACCAGGAGAGUUGGAAAGCCAAGGCGCUGAACAACGACGAAGGGUCUGACGAGUGGGAAUUUGGUCGUUGGGACGAUCUGAAGCGUGAUAGUCACCCCACAGCACAUUAA